AUGGAGUGGAACAGAGGCUUCAUCAUAGGACAUGGCUCAUCAGCCACCGUCUACCUCGCCACCUCUUCCUACUCCUCCGAUGUCUCCGCCGUCAAGUCAGCUGAGCUAUCAUCACUAUCACGGUUAGAACAACUACAGAGAGAACAGAGAAUCUUGUCUUCUCUAUCCUCUCCUUACAUAGUUACCUAUAAAGGUUGUGACAUAACGAAGGAAAACAACAAGCUCUUUUACAACCUCUUCAUGGAGUACAUGCCCUCUGGCACGCUCUCUCAGGCAGCUCGCCGCCGGCUCAAGGAGCCGGUGAUCGCACACUACACACGGCAAGUUUUGCAGGGGCUAGAAUACUUGCAUUCAAAUGGUGUUGUGCAUUGUGACAUUAAGGGUAGCAAUAUAUUGAUUGGUGAAGAUGGAGCCAAGAUUGGUGACUUUGGAUGUGCCAAGCGUGUGGCUGAUACGGCGGCGGCGCCGAUCAGCGGCACGCCGAUGUUCAUGGCACCGGAGGUGGCGCGUGGGGAAGAACAAGGGUACCCUUGUGAUGUUUGGUCACUUGGGUGCACAGUGGUUGAAAUGGCCACUGGUUUUGGACCGUGGCCUAAUGUUGAAGACCCUGUUUCAGUGAUGUACCGUGUUGCAUAUUCUGAUGAGUUACCUGAGAUUCCUGGUUUUCUGUCUGAGGAAGCAAAGGAUUUCUUGGGGAAGUGUUUUAGGAGGAAUCCAAUGGAGAGGUUGACUGCUAGUCAACUGUUGAAGCAUCCAUUUCUUGGGGAAUUCAAUUUCAAUGUUAAGCAAAUUCAGGGUUCUAAUUCAGGCUCACCAACAAGCAUUCUUGAGCAUGGCUUUUGGAAUUCUGUGGAAGAGCCAGAAUGGUUCAAUGGCAAUUUGGUUAAGAUGAGUUCUGAGAAUUCUCCUGCUGGUAGGAUCAGAAGCCUUGCUGUGUGUUCAGGGGAUCCCAAUUGGACAUGGGAUGAUGAGAAUUGGAUCACUACUAGAGACAAUGAAAUAUCUUCAACUUGUAAUAAUGGGUUGGAUUUGGAUGAGUUGGAGAAAAGCAAUAUUAGAAGUAAAAUUAGUUGUUGUUUUUGUGAGGAUUACAAAUGUAAGGAUGUUAGUGUUGUAGUUAAUAGUCUCAAUUUUGAGAGAGGCAUUACUGAGAUGCUGCUAACUUCAACAUUAGAUUGUUUAUAA